UAUAUUAAUAGAAACUAGAUAAUAUAUUUCACAAUGAGGGAAUCCGAUUCAAAAGCUCUCAAGAAGAGAGUUCCCAAAAAUAGCGAAGAAAGCUCACAAGAACAAGAAUUCGAGUCUUCUGAGUCCUCUGAAGCCUCUUCUGUUGGUGAAAGUGUGGUCGAUACUGAUGAAGACUUGAAGAUCUUCGAAGAUCCUAUGGACAAAAUGCCUCCUGAUUUUACUCUUUGUAGGAAACAUUAUGAGGCUAGCACUGUGAAAGACUUAAGAGUUAUUAAGAAUGAUAAGAGCAGAGAUGACCCUAGAUGCUUCUGCCAGUGUUGAUAUUUGCCAUUGAAUAGUUCUGCUAGUAAAUUCUCGUUCUGGGCGAACUUUACAGCCUUGUCAUCACUUGGCGCUUCAUUCGCCCUCUUCUUCAGGAUCAAGUACUACAUGCUUGCUGUGCUCCUGGUCUGGUGCUUCUUCGCCUCUGUUUUGACAAUUCCUAGAUUGAGUACGAAGGAUAGAGCAGCAGAGUUCAGCCCUGAUGAGGAAGUAGCCUACAUCUCAGACUGGAGCUUGGGAAACUUCGGAAAGUGAGGAGAUGACUGAGAGGGAGAUGAAAUAAAUGGUAUCAUGGGGAUUCAUUUUUGAGCUCUUAUUUCAAUUGUUAUUAUUGGAGUUAUCUAUAGAUUUCAUCAAUUUUUGAAGAUUAGAGAUCUUGAGAAGGACUGCACUGAACCAUCUAAUUUUGCAGUCCUGGUUAGUAACAUUCCAAGGAAGAAAAAUGAGGAAGAAAUCAGAGAGUGGCUGGCUAGCUUCUUGCACGAUCCUAGCAUAUCUUAUGUUAACAUGUGCUAUAAUGUCAGUAAUCAAAACAAGAAGAUCAAAGGUCUGAUGAAUCUUAGAAGGAAGAGGAGGAUGCUCUUGCAAGGCAAGAAGAAUUUGGAAGAAAAUAAAGAAGAAGAAUCAGACAUGAACCAUCGAUCAGAUGAAAUUGAGCAAGAAAUUAAGGAAAUCAACGAGGAAAUCUAUAAAGUUAAGAAGAUGCUACAAGACGAGAUCAGUGAGGCAGAUUUCUGCAAAAAGGCUUUUGUCGUCUUCGAAAAAUCUAAGAAAGCUAACCAUAUUCUUGGAUAUUUCAACCUUAACUAUUUCACAAGGCUAUUUUAUUUCAUUAAGUUCAAGAUUUGAAGAAGUGACAGGAAAGGAAUUGAGUACAGAUAUUGGGAUAACCACACAAUUCACGUUGAAAGAGCUGCUGACCCUAAGGAUAUCUUAUGGGAGAACCUAUCCAUUAGUCUUAAGGUGAAGUUGAAAAGAAACAUCAUCACUUAUACAUGAACUUUUAUCUGUCUUGGUGUCUCUUUUGGCUUGAAUCUUGCAAUUAAUUCAAUCAUUGAUGUUCUGAGAGGCGAAGAAAGUUCUUCAGCUGCUGCAGAAGUCUUUGUUGUUAUCCUAUCAAUUCUCUCUUCGAUCCUUGUCUCUGUAAUCAAUAUUAUUCUUGAGAAGAUUAUUAGAGAGCUGUCUGCUUAUGAAAGGCACGAUACUUAUACAAAGCUAAACCUGUCUGUUUCGUUGAAAUUGACUUUUGCAACCUUCAUUAACACAGGGAUUCUUCCGCUCUUUUUGAAUUUUGGAACAAAAAACUGGUUCCACUCUAAUGGACUGAUGAACGAAGUGUUCUAUAAUAUGCUUUCUAUUAGUUUUGUCAGCCCUAUUCUUUAUUUAUUUGAUGUUGGGUAUAUUACUAAUCUCAUCAAAAUGAGGAUUGAAGAAAAGAAAGGAGAAAAUUCAACUCUAACGCAGAGAGAAGCUAAUGCUUUGUUUGAGCCACCUCCAGUUGACAUGGCUCAAAGAUACUCAGAUGCAAUGCUUAUGUUGUGCAUGGUGGCGAUGUACACAUUUGUUCUCCCUAUUAUCCCAGUGGUUGCUCUAUUUGGAACCUUAUUUCAGUAUAGUGUAGAGAAAUAUUUGUUAAUCACAAGGCACAAGCUUCCAGAGAGGUUAGGAUCAGAGCUGGCAAGUGUAUAUAUCGAGAUAUUGCCACUUAUUGCUGUUAUUUAUGGUUUUUCGGUUUCAUUCUUUGGAGGAUUGCUUGUAGAUCAGGUAAUUCCAACAUUAAACAUCUUUCUUGCUGUAUCUUUGAUUUACUUUUGCCUCCCAAUUCAAAGCAUCAUAAGGACAUGAUAUCUAAAAAGAAAGCAGGAGCAAGAAAAAUUGUAUUCAGAACACAGACUCGAGUUCAUGACUGAUUAUGAUCGAGAAAAUCCCAGGUCGAGCCAGGAAUCUUGGGAGAUUUUCCUAACUGAUAAGAAAAAAGAGAUGAAGAAAUAUAUACAAAUUUAUGCACGAAAAGGAGCUAAACAGAAUAAAAAUGAGGAGACAAAAAAAGUGAAAAGAAUGUUUAGCAAUAUUGGCAAUUUCUUUAGUUUUAAUUCAACAUUUCAAAAUAGAGGAACUUGGCAACAACAUCCGACUUAUCGUCCUCAGUUCUAUCCAGCCUAUCGUCCCCAAUUCUAUCCUUCCUAUCAAAGAUAUUUCCACCCUGCCUAUCAAAGAAUGGUUUAUCGUACACCCCAAAUGCCAAAUCAAAUGCCUAUCCAUGCACCUACACAACCCCAAGUCCAGCCACCUGCUAACCCUCCUCAAGCCCAAAGUUCUCAACUUCCUCUUCAGCACCAACAAUCAAUGCCUAAUCAAGCUGCUCAUCAACCAGCACACCAACCCCCACUUCAGCGUCCUCCUUCAUUCAAUACUUACAAUACUGCUCCAUUUCCCCAACCUCCCCUCCAGACCAUGCAGACUCAGCCUGUUCCAAAUGCUGCGCCUCCUUAUUAUGUGCCGACAAGGCCUCUUGUUCCUAAUCCUCCCCAAGUUCCUGGGCAUGCUAGCACACAAGCUUUGCCUCAAGCUCAGACUGUGGAGCAAACCUGAGCCAAUUCCCAGGUGCCAAAGGGAGACCAGUUGAAUGCCAGAGCUACUACCGAGAAGCCCCAAAAGCCAGAAGAGGAGAAAGACGAAAUAGAAUAA